AUGAAGUUACUCGAAACUGUCGCUUCUGUGGCGUCCAUAGUCGCUUGUGUCACUGGUGCUUCAAGGCCAAAACAAUUGGUUCCCUUUGUCUACGAAUCGAUUCCCUUAGGUCAAAUAACACCCAAUGGCUGGCUUCUGGCUGAGAUGCAGACCGAGGCAGAUGGUCUCGCUGGUCAUUUGUACGACUUCUAUCAGUAUGUCAAGGAUGCCAAGUGGCUUGGUGGGACCCAAGAGUACAGCGGCUUGAAUGAGGCUUUCCCAUACUGGCUGAAUGGCCUGGUGCCGCUGGCAUAUACACUCGACGAUGAAAGGCUGAAAGGGCAAGUUCACGAUGCAAUGGACUACUUGUUCGAGCACAUGGUGCAGCCCGAUGGUUGGAUUGGAUUCGAGGAGGGCGGUUAUCGCCUGAUCUGGGCUCGAACACUCAUCUUCUUCGCUUGGACGAAUCUUGUUGACGCCAAUAGCACGUACGAGAAGCCAGUCGUCGAUGCCAUGUAUAGUUUUAACACGUUGAUGAAUUCGAUGUUGAAGAAUAAAGGGACUGGCGUGGUACCUCAGAAAGACGGCGUGCUGGACGACGGCUACUAUUUCUGGUUCCUAUCGCGUGUUGCAGAAAUGAUUGUCUCAUUGCAGUGGCUGUACGAGAAGCACCCGCGAGAUGGCGAGAUGUCGAAGCUUUGGGAGAACAUGGAGAUGUUGCACAAGUUUGGGUACAAGUGGGAAGACUGGUUCGCAGAGAGCUCCUACGCAUUUGGCGAUCUUUACGACUUGCCCGAGAGGGUGACUGAUGACAACUUCCAGUUCUUACAUGGGGUGAAUGUCGGCGAAGGCCUCAAAGCGCCGGCCGUCAUCCGAAGAUACACUCACAACGAUAGCUUGAUACAGACGACGAGAGACGGUGUUCAAUGGUCAAUGAAAUAUCAUGGUGCUCCUUCAGGUACGAUCUACGCCGACGAGAGAGAAGAUGGCAUCAACCCAUAUUAUGGAGCCGAGACAUGCACCGCAGUCGAAGUAAUGUUCUCCAACAGCUACAACUUUCAAGCACUGGGUGAAAGCUUCUACGGCGACGGCUCAGAGUUGGCUGCUUUCAAUGCCUUGCCUGGGGCGAUGACUGGGGACUGGUGGGCGCAUGUCUACAUGUCUCAGGCAAACCAGCCUUACUCGAAGAACUUGUCCACCACGCCAUUCUAUAAUACCAACUCAGUUGGGCAGACCUAUGGACUGGAACCAAACUACCCGUGCUGCACUGUGAACCAUCCUCAAGGGCUGCCAAAAUUUGUCCAAGCAGCAUUUGUGAAGAAAGGUAGCAACGGGCUUGUCCAUGCUCUUCUCAGCCCGGCAACUGUGAUCACUGAUGUCGCUGGCGGCAAGACGAGUGUUGAAUGCCGGACGAACUACCCUUUCGACGAUGAGCUACAAUACAACAUUCAAACCGACAAAGCUUUCGACUUUUAUGUUCGUGUGCCUACCUGGGCUCUCAACUCCUCGCUCACGUCGCAAUCCGGAUCAUCAUCGACACUCGACUCCUCGACUGGUCUCCGGAAAAUCAGCGUAGCGGCAGGGAACUCGUCCCUGACAUUCAGCGUUGGCACCCAAGUCCGCACCGAGCCUCGAGCAAACGACACCGUCGCAGUGUAUCGAGGUCAGCUGCUCUAUGCCCUCGAGAUUGGAGUAGACGUUACCUCAGCACCGCCCAAGAACUAUUACAACCUUACCACCUAUCCAGCUAGCUACGCUCCGCCCCAAGCUGUAGACUACACGAUGCUCAACACGACCGAGUGGAACGUGGCGAUCGAUCCGUCGACGAUUGUUUAUCACCCAGCCAGCGACCCUCGAGCAUCACUGCCAACUCCGAUCUUCGCGCCUGGAAAGCCGCCAAUGUACAUGACUGUCAAAGCCUGCUUGAUCGAUUGGCCGUUAUUCAUGGGCAGUGUGCCGGGCUGGCCCAUUGCAAAGGAGCAAAGAAAAUGCCUAGGAGAUACUUUCGAUGCGAAGCUGGUCCCAUACGGGAGUGCAAAGCUGAGGAUGAGUGAGUUGCCGACCAUUGACCUCGUUUAA